CAAAGUCGUUUACAAACAUGGCCGCCGCAGAUCUUCUGCGAGUACGGCUUCCCUACCCAUGGAGUUACGGGGUCACGGAAGAUGGCAGGGUAUUCUUUAUAAACGACGAUACGAAAACUACAACAUGGUUGCAUCCAAUGACAAAAGAACCGGUGCAGACAGGGUUAACGGCAUCUUCAGACCUGCCAAGAGGUUGGGAACAUGCUUUCAAUUCAGAUGGUGUCCUGUAUUUUAUUGAUCAUAAUACUCAAGUCAGCACAUUUACGCACCCUGUCACAGGAGAGGUUAUGGCAGAGGAGGGAGCACCCCAACAGAAAAUAGAAAGUCCAAAGGAGAAAAGUGGCAUAGAACCCAAAAGAGGGAGUUUGAUCAAGAAAGGAAGCAAAAAGAUUGUUGACUCUCCGAUGGCCAAGCGAAGCGAGGAGGCCCCAGUCUCUAUGAAGGGCUGGCUGUAUAAACAGGAGGGAGGGACCAUUAAGCAGUGGAAAAGAAGGUGGUUUGUCCUGUCCGACUUUUGUCUGUUUUAUUAUAAAG